ACUUCAUCCACCACACUCGCCCAUCAAUUCUCCCCACCCUGCCCCUCCCCAGUUGCUCAGAGUCUACCCUUAGCGGCGCCUGUAAUAUUCUACCCACAUCAUGUUGUCGUCCAGGAUAUCAAGAUCGUUUUUGCCCCGAGCCACAUCCGCCGCGCGAUGGACGCCUGCUGUCCGGAAGCCCUUCGGCUCAGCCUUCGUCAGGGGAUACGCUGAUGGCGGCGAGGAGAAGGUCAAGGGCUCGGUCAUUGGUAUUGACUUGGGCACCACCAACUCAGCCGUCGCCGUCAUGGAGGGCAAGGUCCCGCGCAUCAUCGAAAACUCGGAAGGUACGAGGACAACACCAUCCGUCGUCGGUUUCACAAAGGAGGGCGAGCGUCUCGUCGGUAUCGCCGCAAAGCGACAAGCAGUCGUGAACCCGGAGAACACCCUUUUCGCCACCAAGCGUCUCAUCGGCCGGAAGUUCACCGACGCUGAGGUGCAGCGCGACAUCAAGGAGGUCCCAUACAAGAUUGUCCAGCACUCCAACGGUGACGCAUGGCUCGAAGCACAGGGACAAAAGUACUCGCCAUCUCAGAUUGGUGGCUUCGUUUUGGGAAAGAUGAAGGAGACCGCCGAGGCAUACCUGGGCAAGAACAUCAAGAACGCCGUCGUCACUGUCCCCGCAUACUUCAACGACUCGCAGCGUCAAGCCACCAAGGAUGCCGGCCAGAUCUCAGGUCUGAACGUGCUCCGUGUGGUCAACGAGCCCACUGCCGCUGCCCUUGCCUACGGUCUUGAUAAGUCGACCGACAGUGUCAUUGCCGUCUACGAUCUUGGGGGAGGCACUUUCGAUAUCUCCAUCCUCGAGAUCCAGAAUGGUGUCUUCGAGGUCAAGUCUACCAACGGCGACACCCAUCUCGGUGGUGAGGACUUCGACAUCACCCUCGUCCGCCAUCUCGUCCAGCAAUUCAAGAAGGAGCAAGGCAUUGAUCUGUCUGGUGACCGCAUGGCCAUCCAGCGAAUCCGCGAGGCCGCCGAGAAGGCCAAGAUCGAGCUGUCCUCGUCGCUCCAGACCGACAUCAACCUGCCCUUCAUCACUGCCGAUGCCUCCGGACCGAAGCAUAUUAACUCCAAGAUGUCCCGGUCACAACUUGAGCAGCUGGUUGAUCCCCUGAUCAGCAAGACCGUUGAGCCAGUGCGCAAGGCCUUGAAGGAUGCCAACCUCAAGGCCACUGACAUCCAGGAGGUCAUCCUCGUCGGUGGUAUGACUCGUAUGCCCAAGGUUACUGAGUCCGUGAAGAGCAUCUUCGGCCGCGACCCGGCCAAGUCUGUCAACCCCGACGAGGCUGUUGCCAUUGGUGCCGCUAUCCAGGGUGCCGUCCUCUCCGGUGAGGUCACUGACCUCCUUCUCCUCGAUGUCACUCCCCUAUCCCUCGGCAUCGAGACUCUCGGCGGUGUUUUCACUCGCUUGAUCAACCGCAACACCACCAUCCCCACCAAGAAGUCGCAAGUCUUUUCGACCGCUGCCGAUUUCCAGAGCGCCGUCGAGAUCAAGGUCUACCAGGGUGAGCGUGAGCUGGUCCGUGAUAACAAGCUGUUGGGCAACUUCCAGCUUGUCGGCAUCCCGCCUGCGCACCGUGGUGUCCCCCAAAUUGAGGUCACCUUCGACAUCGAUGCCGACUCUAUUGUGCAUGUGCACGCCAAGGACAAGUCGACCGACAAGGAUCAGUCCAUCACCAUCGCCUCUGGAUCUGGUCUAUCUGAGUCUGAAAUUGACAACAUGGUCAGCGACGCCGAGCGUUACCAGGAGUCCGAUAAGGAGCGCAAGAACGCCAUUGAAGCCGCCAACCGCGCCGACAGCGUUUUGAACGACACCGAGAAGGCCCUCAAGGAGUUCGAGGACCGCCUAGACAAGGCCGAGGCUGAGAAGAUCCGAGAAAAGAUUGCCAACCUGCGCGAGUUCGUCACCAAGAGCCAGUCUGGUGAGGGCUCUGCCACCGCCGCCGAGCUUAAGGAGAAGACCGAUGAGGUUCAAACCGCCAGCUUGACCCUGUUCGACCAGAUGCACAAGGCUCGCGCAUCAGACUCAAACAACAGCAGCUCUGGCGAGCAAGGCCAGGCUGGUGAGAGCACCGAGGGCGAGAAGAAGCCAUAGAUCUUUCACUAGCUAAAGUUUUAUGUCUGUCUCCUCUCUCACAAUUGGGCUCACUCUCGGCACUUAAAAAGCGGUCCUGUCAUUUGCAUCCUCUCGGUUUUUGGGAUUUAGAAAGCGUCUUCCCUGUCCUUUUACUUGUACCUAUAGCCUUGUUGUUCGAUUCACCUCUCAUGCGAAACGCCAUCUCCCUUUAUUGGCUCUGUCGUUUUAUUAUGGCGAUUGGGAGAGUGUGGGGGAGUAUCUGGAGGGAGUCGUCUGCUGCAAUUUUGAACAAGGACGAUACCGCUGGGGCCUAGAUAUCGGCUGCUGGAAUUGUAAAAUAGUAGUAGGGUGUGUGGGCAUGAGGCCUAAUGUCAUAUUCUCCCCUCAUGGCGAGUUGCUGUUAUUUGUUUCCCAUCUAUGAUUGUUGAGUUCGUCAAAUUCGCUUGAGUGACUACGCU